AUGUGGUCUCAUCUGGACAAACCUCAGCCUGUCGUCACAGGGAUGUUCUGGAGCACAAAAUACACAGCAGAACUUGUUGCCACUUAUGUUAAUGGGGCCAGUUUUUUAGUCGUCAGCCAGUUAUUGACUGUGGAAUACCAGGUUUUCAGUGAAGAUCUACACUCCAGCCUCUACUUUGUCAAUGCAUCUCUGCAAGAGGUAGUGUUUGCGAGCACCUCGGGGACCCUGGUGCCCUGCCCAGCUGCAGGAAUCCCUCCUGUGACUCUCAGAUGGUACCUAGCGACGGGCGAGGAGAUCUACGAUGUCCCCGGGAUCCGCCACGUCCACCCCAACGGCACUCUCCAAAUUUUCCCCUUCCCUCCUUCAAGCUUUAGUACCUUAAUCCAUGAUAAUACUUAUUAUUGCACAGCUGAAAAUCCUUCAGGGAAAAUUAGAAGUCAGGAUGUCCACAUCAAGGCUGUUUUACGGGAGCCCUAUACAGUCCGUGUGGAGGACCAGAAAACCAUGAGAGGCAAUGUUGCAGUCUUCAAGUGCAUUAUCCCCUCCUCGGUGGAGGCGUAUAUCACUGUUGUCUCAUGGGAGAAAGACACUGUUUCACUUGUCUCAGGAUCUAGAUUUCUCAUCACAUCCACGGGAGCCUUGUAUAUUAAAGAUGUACAGAAUGAAGAUGGAUUGUAUAACUAUCGCUGUAUCACGCGACACAGAUACACCGGGGAGACAAGACAGAGUAACAGCGCUAGACUUUUUGUAUCAGAUCCAGCGAAUUCAGCUCCAUCCAUACUGGAUGGGUUUGACCAUCGCAAAGCCAUGGCAGGACAACGUGUGGAGCUGCCCUGCAAAGCGCUUGGACACCCAGAGCCAGAUUACCGCUGGCUAAAGGACAACAUGCCUCUGGAGCUCUCUGGAAGGUUCCAGAAAACUGUGACGGGGCUACUCAUUGAGAAUACACGUCCCUCAGACUCAGGCAGCUAUGUAUGUGAAGUAUCCAACAGAUACGGAACUGCUAAGGUGAUAGGCCGCCUGUACGUGAAACAGCCACUGAAAGCUACCAUCAGCCCCAGGAAGGUUAAAAGCAGCGUGGGUAGCCAGGUUUCCUUGUCCUGCAGCGUGACAGGCACCGAGGACCAGGAGCUCUCCUGGUACCGAAAUGGUGAAAUCCUCAAUCCUGGAAAAAAUGUGAGGAUCACAGGGAUCAACCAUGAAAACCUUAUAAUGGAUCACAUGGUCAAAAGUGACGGGGGCGCAUACCAGUGCUUUGUUCGCAAGGACAAGCUGUCUGCUCAAGACUAUGUGCAGGUGGUCCUUGAAGAUGGAACUCCCAAAAUUAUUUCUGCCUUUAGUGAAAAAGUAGUGAGUCCAGCCGAACCCGUUUCCCUCAUGUGCAAUGUAAAGGGAACCCCAUUGCCCACGAUCACGUGGACCCUGGACGAUGACCCGAUCCUCAAGGGAGGCGGUCAUCGCAUCAGCCAGAUGAUCACAUCAGAGGGCAACGUGGUCAGCUACCUGAACAUCUCCAGCUCUCAGGUCCGCGAUGGGGGAGUCUAUCGCUGUACUGCCAACAACUCGGCGGGAGUCGUCCUGUACCAGGCUCGAAUAAACGUAAGAGGGCCUGCGAGCAUAAGACCAAUGAAAAAUAUCACAGCAAUAGCAGGACGGGAUACAUACAUUCACUGUCGUGUGAUUGGCUACCCAUAUUACUCCAUUAAAUGGUACAAGAACUCUAAUCUGCUUCCUUUUAACCACCGCCAAGUGGCAUUUGAGAACAAUGGAACCCUCAAACUCUCAGAUGUACAAAAGGAAGUAGACGAGGGGGAGUACACGUGCAACGUCCUGGUCCAGCCGCAGCUCUCCACCAGCCAGAGCGUCCACGUGACGGUAAAAGUGCCACCUUUUAUCCAACCUUUUGAGUUUCCAAGAUUCUCCAUAGGACAGAGGGUCUUCAUCCCGUGCGUCGUCGUCUCGGGGGACUUACCCAUCACUAUCACCUGGCAGAAGGACGGCCGGCCCAUCCCAGCGAGCCUCGGAGUGACCAUAGACAACAUUGACUUCACGAGCUCCUUAAGGAUUUCCAACCUCUCCCUGAUGCACAAUGGAAAUUACACGUGCAUCGCCCGGAACGAGGCAGCGGCGGUGGAGCACCAAAGUCAGCUCAUUGUGAGAGUUCCUCCUAAGUUUGUGGUUCAACCUCGGGACCAAGAUGGGAUUUAUGGCAAAGCUGUCAUCCUCAACUGUUCAGCUGAGGGUUAUCCUGUACCCACCAUUGUGUGGAAAUUCUCUAAAGGUGCUGGGGUUCCCCAGUUCCAACCAAUUGCCUUGAAUGGCCGGAUCCAGGUCCUCAGCAAUGGGUCCUUGCUGAUCAAGCAUGUUGUGGAAGAAGACAGUGGCUACUACCUCUGCAAGGUCAGCAACGAUGUGGGCGCAGACGUCAGCAAGUCCAUGUACCUCACGGUUAAAAUUCCUGCAAUGAUAACAUCCUAUCCAAAUACAACCCUGGCCACGCAGGGUCAGAAGAAGGAAAUGAGUUGCACAGCCCAUGGUGAGAAGCCUAUUAUCGUCCGCUGGGAGAAAGAGGACCGGAUCAUCAACCCAGAAAUGGCUCGUUACCUUGUCUCCACCAAGGAGGUGGGAGAGGAAGUGAUUUCCACUCUGCAGAUUUUACCAACUGUGAGAGAAGAUUCUGGCUUUUUUUCCUGCCAUGCAAUCAACUCCUAUGGGGAAGACCGUGGAAUAAUUCAGCUCACAGUGCAAGAGCCCCCUGACCCUCCUGAAAUUGAGAUCAAAGAUGUGAAAGCACGCACAAUUACCCUCAGGUGGACCAUGGGCUUCGAUGGCAACAGCCCUAUCACAGGCUACGAUAUCGAAUGCAAAAAUAAAUCAGACUCCUGGGAUUCUGCUCAGAGAACCAAAGAUGUUUCCCCUCAGCUGAACUCGGCCACCAUCAUUGAUAUCCACCCUUCCUCCACCUACAGCAUCCGCAUGUAUGCCAAGAACCGGAUCGGCAAGAGCGAGCCCAGCAACGAGCUCACCAUCACGGCGGACGAGGCAGCUCCUGAUGGCCCACCUCAGGAAGUUCACCUGGAGCCCAUAUCAUCUCAAAGCAUCAGGGUCACCUGGAAGGCUCCCAAGAAACAUUUGCAGAAUGGAAUUAUCCGUGGCUACCAAAUAGGUUACCGAGAGUACAGCACUGGGGGCAACUUCCAAUUCAACAUUAUCAGCAUUGACACCACUGGGGACAGUGAGGUUUACACCCUGGACAACCUAAAUAAGUUCACCCAGUAUGGCCUGGUGGUGCAGGCCUGCAACCGGGCCGGAACGGGACCUUCUUCUCAGGAAAUCAUCACCACUACCCUCGAGGAUGUGCCCAGUUACCCUCCUGAAAAUGUCCAAGCCAUAGCAACAUCACCAGAAAGCAUAUCAAUAUCCUGGUCCACACUUUCCAAAGAAGCCUUGAAUGGAAUUCUCCAGGGGUUCAGAGUCAUUUAUUGGGCCAACCUCAUGGAUGGAGAGCUGGGUGAGAUUAAAAAUGUCACCACCACGCAGCCUUCCCUGGAGCUGGAUGGGCUCGAAAAAUACACCAACUACAGCAUCCAGGUGUUGGCUUUCACCCGUGCAGGAGAUGGAGUGCGAAGCGAACAGAUCUUCACCAGGACCAAAGAGGACGUUCCAGGCCCACCUGCAGGAGUCAAGGCAGCUGCAGCCUCAGCCUCCACGGUCUUCGUGUCCUGGCUUCCCCCUCUCAAGCUGAACGGCAUCAUCCGGAAGUACACUGUAUUCUGCUCCCACCCUUAUCCCACAGUUAUCAGCGAGUUUGAAGCCUCCCCUGACUCAUUUUCCUACCGAAUCCCUAACCUGAGUCGGAAUCGCCAGUACAGUGUCUGGGUGGUGGCUGUGACAUCAGCUGGAAGAGGCAAUAGCAGUGAAAUCAUCACAGUGGAACCAUUAGCUAAAGCUCCUGCUCGAAUCCUGACCUUCAGUGGGACAGUGACAACUCCAUGGAUGAAAGACAUUGUCUUACCUUGUAAAGCUGUUGGAGACCCUUCUCCAGCAGUGAAGUGGAUGAAGGACAGUAACGGGACACCCAGUCUAGUAACGAUUGAUGGGCGAAGGAGCAUCUUCAGCAACGGGAGCUUCAUCAUCCGCACAGUGAAGGCCGAAGACUCUGGCUAUUACAGCUGUGUCGCCAACAACAACUGGGGAUCCGAUGAGAUCAUUUUAAAUUUACAAGUACAAGUUCCACCAGAUCAACCUCGGCUUACAGUAUCCAAAACCACGUCUUCCUCCAUUACCCUUUCUUGGCUCCCUGGAGACAAUGGGGGCAGUUCGAUCAGAGGAUACAUAUUGCAGUACUCUGAGGAUAACAGUGAACAGUGGGGGAGUUUUCCCAUCAGCCCAAGUGAACGCUCUUACCGCCUGGAAAAUCUGAAAUGUGGUACUUGGUAUAAAUUCACUCUUACAGCCCAAAAUGGAGUGGGACCAGGACGCAUAAGUGAAAUCAUUGAAGCAAAAACAUUAGGGAAAGAGCCCCAGUUUUCAAAGGAACAAGAACUCUUUGCCAGCAUCAACACCACGCGUGUACGGCUGAACCUCAUUGGCUGGAAUGAUGGCGGCUGUCCCAUCACUUCCUUCACACUGGAGUACAGACCUUUUGGAACAACGGUCUGGACCACAGCUCAGCGGACCUCUCUCUCCAAGUCAUACAUUUUAUAUGACCUGCAGGAGGCCACUUGGUAUGAGCUGCAGAUGCGGGUGUGCAACAGUGCUGGUUGUGCAGAGAAGCAGGCCAACUUUGCCACGCUCAACUACGAUGGCAGUACAAUCCCUCCACUCAUUAAGUCAGUUGUCCAAAGUGAAGAAGGGCUGACCACCAACGAAGGGCUCAAGAUGCUGGUGACCAUUUCGUGUAUCUUGGUCGGGGUCUUGCUACUCUUUGUUCUCCUGCUGGUGGUGCGAAGGAGGCGGAGGGAGCAGAGGUUGAAGAGGCUCAGAGAUGCAAAGAGUUUGGCUGAAAUGCUCAUGAGUAAGAAUACUCGAACUUCAGAUACCUUGAGCAAGCAACAACAGACCCUGAGAAUGCAUAUAGAUAUACCCAGGGCUCAACUGUUGAUUGAAGAGAGAGACACGAUGGAGACCAUUGAUGACCGUUCAACAGUCUUGUUGACUGAUGCCGACUUUGGAGAGGCAGCUAAACAGAAGUCACUGACAGUGACCCACACCGUCCACUACCAGUCAGUGUCCCAGGCCACGGGGCCACUGGUGGAUGUCUCGGAUGCUCGCCCAGGAACGAAUCCAACCACCAGGAGGAAUGCAAAGGCUGGACCAACAGCAAGAAACCGGUACGCCAGCCAGUGGACACUCAACAGACCCCACCCCACCAUUUCAGCACACACUCUCACCACAGACUGGAGGCUGCCGACACCCAGGGCUGCAGGGUCAGUGGACAAGGAGAGUGACAGCUACAGCGUCAGCCCCUCCCAGGACACAGAUCGAGCAAGAAGCAGCAUGGUCUCCACAGAAAGUGCCUCCUCCACUUAUGAAGAACUUGCCAGGGCCUAUGAGCAUGCCAAGAUGGAAGAACAAUUGAGGCACGCCAAAUUCACCAUCACAGAGUGCUUCAUAUCGGACACUUCAUCCGAACAGUUGACGGCAGGGACUAAUGAAUACACAGACAGUCUGACCUCCAGCACCCCUUCAGAAUCGGGGAUCUGCAGGUUCACUGCAUCACCCCCUAAACCUCAGGAUGGAGGAAGAGUGAUGAAUAUGGCGGUUCCAAAGGCACAUCGGCCAGGAGGUCCAGGCACCAGCAGAGACCUGAGUUUAGGCCAAGCAUGCUUGGAACCUCAGAAAAGUCGGACCCUGAAGCGCCCCACAGUCCUCGAGCCAAUUCCCAUGGAGGCCUCCUCCUCCACCUCGUCCACGCGAGAAGGACAGUCGUGGCAAGCCGGGGCUGUGGCUACAUUACCUCAGCGAGAAGGAGCAGAGCUGGGACAGGCAGCUAAAAUGAGCAGCUCCCAAGAAUCACUGCUCGACUCUCGGGGCCAUUUAAAAGGAAACAAUCCCUACGCAAAAUCGUACACCCUGGUAUAACAAACAGCAUGACUGGACCGUGGUUGUAAAUACAAUUUAAAAAAAUUCAAUCAAAGCUACCUUUUUUUUACUGAAUUCCAAUAUUUAUAAUUAAAGAAAAUUGCCAAAAUAUAUUAAAAAAAA